CGCGGAGGGCCGGGCGCGAUGGCAGGCGGCGGGCGGGCGCUGGUGCUGUGGGCGCUGUGCGCGGCCGCCGCGCAGGGGCUCUAUUUCCACAUCGGGGAGACGGAGAAGCGCUGCUUCAUCGAGGAGAUCCCCGACGAGACCAUGGUCAUCGGGAACUACCGCACGCAGCUGUGGGACAAGCAGAGCGAAGCCUUCCUGCCCUCGACGCCCGGGCUGGGCAUGCACGUGGAAGUGAAGGACCCCGACGGGAAGGUGGUGCUGUCCCGCCAGUACGGCUCCGAGGGCCGCUUCACCUUCACCUCGCACACCCCGGGCGAGCACCAGAUCUGCCUGCACUCCAACUCCACCCGCAUGACCAUCUUCGCCGGCGGCAAGCUACGCGUGCACUUGGACAUCCAGGUAGGGGAGCACACCAACAACUACCCCGAAAUUGCCGCCAAAGACAAACUGACGGAGCUGCAGCUCCGCGCCCGCCAGCUGCUCGAUCAGGUGGAGCAGAUCCAGAAGGAGCAGAACUACCAACGGUAUCGCGAGGAGCGUUUUCGCCUGACGAGCGAGAGCACCAACCAGAGAGUGCUGUGGUGGUCCAUCGCCCAGACUGUCAUCCUCAUCCUCACAGGCAUCUGGCAGAUGCGCCACCUCAAGAGCUUCUUUGAGGCCAAGAAGCUGGUGUAGCCCUUCUCCCUCCCACGCCCCUCCCCGCCCACCCGUGACCACCUCCGUAGUCCCUCCACGCCCCGGCAGCCAGUGAAAAGGAAUAGGGGUCCCAGCCGCCCGCAAGCGGUGGUCUGAGGUCUCUUGGCUGGCGGCCUUUGAGCCAAGCUGGCCCCAAAGCCUGAAGACACCGACCGUCGCCCAAAUCCUGGUCCCCACCUGGUCAGACCAGCCCGCCCCCGCCUGCCGUUCCACUGACCAAGCGAACCCCUUCCCUACCCACUGCCCCCGUCUCGCUCUGCUCCGCCCUUCCUGCUCGCUGGGCCUCUGCAGUGAGACUGAGAUGCCGCGGGCCGGGGGAGGAUGCCUGGCCAGAGGCCGCUCGCCGCCAGCCUUACCCCGCCCCUGGGCCGAGGCUGGCGGCCACCUCUUUGGGCGCCAGGAGAAUGAGAUUUUCUACAGAGCAGAAAUAUUUUUGGAUCGCUGUCAUUGUUCUUGGUCUCCAAAGGUAAUGCUGUGAAGGGGGGCCAGAAACCCCUCGGCCCAGAGCUCCCGGGUUUCACUUCGGUUCCGGCCGGAGCGGCAGUCAGGGUGGGCCUAGAGGGUCGAAGGGUUGGACUAGCCGGCAGCCUGCUCCCGAAGAGAUCUCCCAGAGAGAAGCCGGGCCCGGGUGUGACCCGUCAGGGUUUCCUGUGGGCUACUUGAUCUUCAGAAGGGGCCCGGAGGGGUUGAGGUUGUGAGGUGAGCGGCUGAAAGCAGCAAGUCCCCCAUCCCUCCGCCCCUCCCCUCUCCCCCCCACCUCCGGAGCUGCUCCCCGCUCAGUUUUAUUUAAGAUGCAGUAAAUGUUUUCUUCGUGGGGCUCAGUUGUUUGUACUGAUUUUUCCAAUGAAAUAAAACCUGUUCUGGGA